UACGGCUAAAAUCACCGCUUCGGCCAGAGACGCCUCUUUGAUUUUCCUCCGGCCGCCAUGGGGAACUGUCUGACUGUGGGGCCCAACGAGGCGCUGGUGGUCUCAGGCGGCUGCUCCGGCUCUGACACUAAGGCCUACAUCGUGGGAGGCUGGGCCUGGGCUUGGUGGUGUGUGACUAAUUCUCAAAGGUUAAGUCUGGAGGUCAUGACGCUGCAGCCGCGAUGCGAGGACGUGGAGACCGCCGAAGGAGUCGCCAUCACUGUGACCGGCGUGGCGCAGGUGAGAGUCAUGACGGAGCAGGACCUGCUGGCCGUGGCCUGCGAGCAGUUCCUGGGCAAAUCGGUGCGGGAAGUCAAAGCUGUGCUCCUGCAGACGCUGGAGGGACACCUGCGCUCCAUCCUAGGCACCCUGACUGUGGAGCAAAUCUAUCAGGACAGGGACCAGUUUGCCAAGCUGGUGCGAGACGUGGCAGCUCCUGACGUCGGCCGGAUGGGCAUCGAAAUCCUCAGCUUCACUAUCAAGGACGUCUACGAUAAACUCAACUACCUGAGCUCCUUGGGGAAGACCCAGAUCGCCGCUGUCCAGAGGGACGCAGACAUCGGUGUGGCCGAAGCAGAGAGGGAUGCUGGGAUACGGGAGGCCGAAUGUAAAAAGGAGAUGAUGGAUGUGAAGUUCUUGGCCGACACCAAAAUGGCCGACUCCAAACGAGAGCUGGAGCUGCAGAAAGCCGCCUUUAACCAGGAGAUCAACACCAAGAGAGCGCAGUCCCAGCUGGCCUACGAGCUCCAGGCCGCCAAGGAGCAGCAGAAGAUCCGCCUGGAGGAAAUAGAAAUUGAGGUUGUGCAGAGGAAGAAGCAGAUCACCAUCGAGGAGAAGGAAAUCGACAGAACGGAAAAAGAACUCACCGCGACGGUGAAGAGGCCCGCGGAGGCCGAGGCCUACAAAAUGCAGCAGCUGGCCGAGGGGCAGAAGAUCAAGACGGUGCUGAUCGCCCAGGCCGACGCGGAGAAGAUCAGGAAGAUCGGAGAGGCCGAGGCCUGCUCCAUAGAAGCCGUGGGGAAAGCCCAGGCCGAGAAAAUGAGACUGAAGGCAGAAGCCUACCAGCAGUACGGCGAGGCAGCCAAGACCGCUCUGGUCCUGGAAGCUCUGCCCAAGAUCGCCUCAAAGGUGGCGGCGCCGUUAGCCAAAACCAACGAGAUCGUCAUCCUCAGCGGAGACGGCGGGCGCGUGACGGACGAGGUGAACCGCCUGCUGGCAGAACUGCCGGUGUCGGUCAACGCUCUCACUGGAGUGGACUUGUCAAAGAUCCCUCUGCUGCAGAAGAUGACCUCUGCUGAGUGAAGCUGAACUCAGAGGACGAUCCAGUCUCCGUCGUAUGCACUCUCAUAGCCUGCCUUGAAAACGCGCUAAGAUGUGCUGUUUUAUAUAACAAGAGGGUUCUAGAUACCUCUGGUGCCUUACAUUUUACAGAACCAGUAAAUCUGCAUGCACUGCUGCUCAUUGAGAAAUGUUGUCUUGACACAUGGGAAUAUUUUGUUACGGUACCUAUUUAUUAUUGUUGAAACUCAAAUGUGUGUCUAUUAUUUAAAAGCUAAAGCUAGACUGACAUGGCGGUACACUGAUUCUGAUCCAGAUUAUAUGCUUAAAAAUUUUAAUGUGACAAAUUUAAAGGGGACAUAUCAUGCAAAAUCCACUUUUUUAGCCUU